AUGCAGUGUGGAAAAUGUCAUGAAACACUUAUUAGGGAAGAUGUAAUAAUCUGUUCUUCUUGUAAAAAAGAAUCGCAUUUUUACUGUCAAGGCAUUACUGAAACUGGAUUUGGUAGAAUGACGAAAAAUACGAAGAACAGGUGGGACUGCAACGAGUGCAAAGUUAGCCGGGAGAGUAAAAAAGGAGAUAUACAGAGUGUUAAUGAUGAGAACAAUAAUAUUAAACAAUUAACUGAAUCAGUACAGUUCAUGAGCACUAAAUUCGAUCAGUGCAAUAUCACAGUCGGAAAAAUACUAAACGAAAUGAAAGAACUAAGAGAACAGAACAUGAAACUAACUGAAACAAACGACAAACUAUCAUCUGAAAUUCGAGUAUUAAAAAUUAAAGUUGAUGAAUUAGAGCAGAAAACAUUAGAAAAAGUAGUCGAAAUCAUGGGCGUUCCACUAAUACAAAACGAAGACUGUAAAAAUACAGUUAAGGGAAUGAUAAGUAAAUUGAACAUUGAAUGCGACGUAGUUAAAGCCUACAGAAUAUCAUCUAAACAGAAAACUGAUACGAAAAUAAUUACUUGGUUAUCGGAUACAAAUGCCAAAAACCAGUUUCUUACAACAGCAAAGAAAAACAAAUGGACCGCAAAUCAAUACCAAAGCGACUGGCCUACAUCGAAAAUAUAUAUUAAUAACCACUUGACAAAAUUCAAAUGA